AUGGGAUCAAAGCAUAGUAUAUUAUUGUCUCAAGAAGAAAUACGAUCAAUUUGUGAAGAAACUGAUUUUACACCUAAACAACUUCAACGUUUGUAUAUACGUUUUCAAGAAUUAGAAAAAAGAAAUCCACCACUUGGUUAUCUUACACGUGAAGAUCUUUUAGAUAUUCGUGAGGUUGCAUUAAAUCCUUUAGGAGAACGUCUUGUUGAUGUGAUUAUGCAAGAUUAUGGUGAUGUUAAUAAACUUAAUUUUCAACAAUUUGCAAAUGUUUUUGCUCGAUUUCGACGUGGUAAAACUUUAACAAAUUUAAAUAUAAAAGAAAAAAAAUUAUUAUUUUUGUUCAGUAUAUAUGAUCGUAAUCAUGAUUCAAAAAUUGAUCGAAAUGAAUUAGUAGAAAUUCUUAAAAUGAUGGUUGGUGGAAAUAUUCAUGAAGAUCAAAUAGCAACUAUUGCUGAUCAUACAAUUGGAGAAUUGGAUGCUGAUGGAGAUUUAACAAUAACAUUUAAAGAAUUUUGUGAUACAAUAUCAAAAAUUGAUGUUGAUGAAAAAAUGUCAAUGAAAUUUUUAAAUUAA